CUUUUUCUUUUUCUCUUUUUUUCUCGUGUUAGCCAGGAUACCGAUCUACGGACGAUCGCAUGCGGACACAUCCCCACGCUCCGGCGGCGUGAGGCGGGUAUCCGUCGCCGACUCCUCACUAGCUUCUCCGAAUCCGGCGCCGAAUUCGCCGCUCAAUCUCGCCCGAGAUCUCUUUCCCCAUCCACCUUAGCACGUCUGAACUGCGCGCCCAGAAAAUCAAAUGCAGGUCAUUAGCCAACCAAACUCGAUGGCUGAGGAUGCCGUAAUCAAACCAUCAAACUCGAUGAUUGAUGACGGUAAUUGGGAUGAAGACGACGAGUGGGUAGUAGUGACGAAACAAAGAAUCACCAUUUUGAUUCCGCCGCCGUCACCUCAACACCCUCAAGUUGAAAGCGUGGUACGAAGGCGUAACCAAAGUAAGCGCACAAAGAACAGUCGAGGAAGCUCGCUUACGCCGAAAAGAACUAAUCACAAGCAAUCGAAGAAUGGAAGUGAUGCUGAAAUUAAUGGUGGCAGCAGCAAGAAGAAUUCUUUUUUAAACCCUUUCGGAGAUAGAGCUAAGAACAGCGGCGUCGUGCCGAACUAUCAAGCUAAUUGUUCAGGUCAUGCUGUUCAGAAGGGGAAUUUAGGAUUUCAGCGUAAUGUACGAAAAGGUAGGUCUUUGAAAGUGGAAGGUAUUAGUCUGAGACUGCCGAUAUGCCACUCGAACAUUGCGAACAGGCGGCUGCGGGCGAUGAUGUUGGAACGAAAGCUUCGAGGGCUUGGCGGGCUGAGAAAAUGGCUGGAAUCGAAGGGUCUCUGCCGAUUCAUUCGGUUAUUCGAGAGGGAAAAGAUUGGUAUGUAUCAACUAGUUUCUCUCUCUAUGAGCAAGCUCAAGGAUAUGGGUGCUUACGCAGUUGGGCCGAGGAGGAAGCUCAUUCAUGCUAUUGGCUCACUCUGUGAGCCUUACCAUUUUUGAAGUGUGGAUUUGAGCAUCGUGUGUUAUCUCUCAAAACUCGCUGCUUUUUUAUUUUGUAUGCAUCUUAAUUUGUUAAUAAUAGAAAGCUAAAAUUUGAGGAGUUUGAUUAGGGUUGAUUUAAUUCUGGUUGAGCACUUCAGUUAAGAGAUUUAUGUCUUUGGAUCGGGUGACUUCAAUGGCAAGAUAUCUAUGUACUAGUUAGUGAAGACUCUUUUUUCUUCUUUUUUCUUUUUCAAUUUGGAAUGUUUUACAUACUCUUUCAGUUUGCUCUA